GUGAAAGAUGUAACAGGAAGUUCCACAAUUAUACGUAAUUGGGCACACCUGGCUAACUUGAGGCGUUAACACGCAGUUUGUUAGUGUUUGUUUACCUUAAAACUGUGAAAAUACUGGAGCUAUGUCAGACAAAACGGCGGUUAACUUAACUGGAGUGAAAGAAAGUAAAGGCGUGUGGCUUGUGAAGGUCCCCAAGUAUUUAUCUCAGCAAUGGGACAAGGCCGCAGAUAAGGGAGAAGUUGGAAAGAUUACCAUUGGAAAGAAGCAAGGCAAAACAGAGGUACGGUUCAGCCUGAAUGAGGAGCUGACGGCCCGGGGCGCAGUGGGAGAGACGGAUGCAUCACUGCAGGUCCCAAGAGAUCAUCCCUUCACUAUGCACACAGUGGGUGGACAGACUAUGGCUGUCUUCAGCCAGAGUGAAGCAGAUGAAAUCAGUCUGGAGGGGAUGGUGGUGCACAGAGCUGAAUGCAGACCUGUCGUCAAUGACAACUACAUGAAGCUUAAGAAGCUGCAGCUUAAAGAGUCCACCAAGCCUCAGCGUUUGUCACAGCAGCUGGAGAGAGCCGUCACUACCAUCUUCAAGCCUGUGGCCAACCACGAUUUCAAUCUGGAGCACGAGAGGAAGAAGAAGUCUGAGGGGAAGAUGGUGAGGGUUGAGCGUCAGCUCGUGUUGGACAUGCUCUUCUCUGCCUUUGAGAAGCACCAGUAUUACAAUAUUAAAGACUUGGUGGACAUCACCAAACAACCUGUGACGUACCUGAAAGAAAUCAUGAGAGAUAUCGGGAUGUACAACAGCAAGGGGGCUCACAAGAGCACCUGGGAGCUGAAGCCAGAGUAUCGACACUACCAGUCUGCUGAGGAGGAGGAGAUGCAGACGGCCUAGUUCACUGAUGUUCCGCUCAUCACGCAGGAGGAAUAGAGAGGUGCAGCUCUCAGGGUUUUCCACUGACUUCCUGAGUACAGAUUUUGAAAAGAACAUACUGUUUAUUGGAUAAGCAGUUAUCAUGGAAUGUUUUGAGUUCAUAAUAAUUGGGUUGAAGAGACUAAUCCACUUUCACAUAAAUAAACAGACAUUUUGUUCACAGUGAUAGAAGUUUUUUUGAGUUUAGGAAUGGAUACCCAGUGGCUGUUUGGAAGUGAAAGAUGGGGAGAAAAGACAACAUAUUUUAGAGAUGUUUUAAACAUGUUUUUAACAUUCACACAUACACUUGAGCUCAUUUAUUUCCAUGUCUAAACUUUGCCCCUGGAUAACAAUCAAUCUGUAAAUCCGGGAAAAGAUACCUCGGUAGUCGGGACAAGUUUGAAUCCCAUAUGAUCGGCCACUUUUUAAGGCUGUGAUUAAAGAUAAUACAGCAUUUUAAAAGGGUUGUUUUGCGCUGUGGGCUUUUCCAGCAUCAUUUGGUCAUAUGUUCUGGAGCUGCCCAAGGAUAUCAAACUACUGGAACAUAUUUGUCAGACCUUAUCAAGAAUUUUGCACAGACCUAUUGCCUAAAAAUGCUAGAAAUGGCCCAAUUAGACUCUGUUGAUACAUGUAGUCGUAUAGAUUGUUCAAAAAAGGCAGGGAAAAAACACCAUAUUGUGGGAUGCUCAAAAAUGCCCCUCAAAAAAGUCAAGUCAAUGUUGAUUUUUGUCAAAAAUGCUCAAAUUUUAAAAUGGUUCAGUUAUAGUCUGUUGAUACAUGUAGUAGUAUAGUUUGUCCAAAAAUAGCGAGAAGAAAACACCAUAAUAUGCGAUGUCCAAAAAUGACCCGGGCAAAAAAUGUAGAACAGUGUUUGAGUUUUGCAGCAAGUAAGAAUUGACAUUUAAAGAAGUGAAAAAGUAUAGUAGGUAAGAAUUGAGUUUGAGGUUUUUUCUUUUGUAGCCUGUAGCUAGUGUAUGUUUCGUGUGCAGCAAGACACAGCAAUGAUGGCAGGUUGUCUUCUCAGAUGCCAUAAUAUAAGCUGUGUACACAGUAGAACUUAUUGGUAUACUUCUAGCAAUACAGUGGGUCAAUGAAAACAGCCAUCAAAACAUCAUUGUGGCAUCUGAUAGUUUGUCAGCACUCUUGAGUAUACGGUCAGGGAAAUCAGCAUGUAGGCAAGACAUCCUGUAUGAGAUUUUUCACUCACUGCUCAUACUGCACAAUAAGGGUUUGGUCAUCUCCCUCCUUUGGGUUCCUGCUCACAUAGGAGUAGAUGGAAAUGAGAAUG